AUGGCCGGCUACAACGGGCGUCGCAUGCCCAACUUCUCGCAAUACCUCGAUGACCUCAACGCCAUUCCCUCGCCGUAUGACCAGGCUCUGCAGCAGCAACAGCAGCAACAGGCCACCUUCAACGAUGAUGACCUGGCCUUGUUCACCAAUACCGAGUUCUUCGAGUUCGACAAGUUCACCGAUUUUACCAAUCUGCCUCCAUUCCCGUCGGACGAUGACAAGACAAACGAGGGAGUUUCAGACCAGGCUGCUCAUAAUGCGGACCUGAAGUUUUUGGAUUUCCUGAAUGCGGAGGGUCUCAAUGCCUUGCCUGUAUAUGAACCCGAUCUGAGUGCAUCCAGCCAGAUGCCCAUGCACAACGCCCACUUCUCGCCUGUUCCUUCCCUUCCUAAUGCGUCUAUCGCAGCAAACCAGGCCCCUAUUCAGCCUGCGCCGAUCAGCGUGGUGCCUCAGGUCGCCCCAGCUCCCGCUGCGGGUUCUAUGUCGCCUCCCACUUCGGUUUCUGGCACCAAGCGCAAGAACUCGACCAAGUCAACCCCGGAGAGCGCCGAGGAGGCCAGUCGCCAAAUGGCCGAGGAGGACAAGCGUCGCCGUAACACUGCCGCCAGUGCUCGCUUCCGUGUGAAGAAGAAGCAGCGCGAGGCUGCGCUUGAGCAGACCGUCAAGGAGACCACCGAAAAGAAUGAUAUCCUUGAGGCUCGCGUGUCUCAACUCGAGUUGGAGAACCACUGGCUUCGUGGUUUGAUCAUGGAGAAGAACGGCGCUGACGAGCAGUCGGAGCAAGACAUCUCGGAUAUGUUCAAGAAGUUCUUGGCCUCGCAGAAGUCUGAUGUCUCAAGUAUCUCCGACCUGAAGCUCGGCGUGGGCACUAUUGCUUAA